AAGCAGCUCACUAAAGAAGCCUACUCAGACGCCAUGGCAGCUUCUGUAGUGCUUCUGGCUGGUUUUUUCGUUGCACAAUGCCUCAGUCAGGACUUUCACGGUGGAUUAAUGACUUUCAUGCCUGCAAGAACAGACCAGGAUGGUACAGUUCUGAUGAGUUUCGUCUACAAAGAGUCAUACGGGGCCCAGUGUCAGCAUCAGUUCUCUUGGGUUUGUGAUAGUGGGGACUGUGGACAGAUUGUGUUUUCUGAAGUCGGAGAUGCCGACGAGGACACUUCUGACCUAGGACUGUGGUGUCAAUCUGAGGGAUACAUACUGAUGAACAGCUCGAGUGACAAGCCAUAUUCUCUACGGGAAAGUGGCUGCUGCUGGGCCUCUAAUGUCAAUGGUGCCAGCAACUGGACAUUAAUUACAUAUAUUGAUGGCGGAAAACGCUCCGACACCCAAUACAUGAACAGGCCACCUGUCAUAACUAUUACACCAACCAUCAGAAUUCCUCAGAACUGCAAUUCAACUUUGCAAUUUCUGACCUAUGAUCCGGAUGGAGACAAUGUGGCCUGCAGGUAUCCAUACUGUGAGUCUUGUAAUCAACGUCCAGACUUCUUUCUCGAUGAGCAAAACUGUGAUUUGUACAUCAAUGGUUCUUCAAGCCUGGGUAUGCAUGUAUUCGAUAUGGUGGUGGAGGACUAUCCAACUGAAAUCAUCACACUGUCCUACAAUGAUGGUGAAACUUCUGUGAGAAAUCCUGGGUCAAUGCCACUGAGUCAGCUGCCUUUACAGUUCUCCAUUCAGAUUGACCAGCCACUGGAAAGCUGUAUUCCCGGAGAUGUGAUUCCACAGUUCCUGUCUCCUACUCCAGCUAAGGGAGAUGUGCUAUAUACAGUGGUUGGGAGUCCCAUUCAGUUUACUGUCAGAGCACAGGCAGCCAGCUCUGUGAUAUAUGAUUUCCAGAUCUCUGGUCCUCUGAACAUGACAAAAACAUUCCACAGCUAUAGUUACGGAAUUGCCGAGAUGGAAGUAAACUGGGAGGCCCAAGAUCCAGAUUUGCACAAAUAUGUUCCAUUUUGUUUCACAGCAGAAACAAAUAUCAGUCAGUCUGAGAUGAGGUGCAUUGUUGUGAUUGUUAUAAAAUCAACUUUGCAGAAAGGAGAAGCAGAAGUGUCUUGCUUACAGAACACCAUAAGCAUUACUUUGAAAAAGUCCGCAAUGAAGGAUCUGGAAAUUACUAAUUUGCGUCUGAAGGACUCCUCCUGCUCACUCACUUCAAAUGAAUCCUACAUUAUGGCAACAGUGUCUAUGAAUUCCUGCGGCACAGAACUUGAGGACACUGGUGACUACAUUGUCUUUAAAAAUGAACUAUAUUCAGUUGAAGAUCCUGAUGCAGUCAUAACAAGGAAGGGGUUUGUGAGGAUUCCCUUCUCAUGCAGCUACCCUAAAGUAGCCCAGGUUAUGGCCAGCUUUAAGACUUACAAGUCAGACUUUGUGUUUACAGAGUCUGCUUUCGGCAGUUUCAGCUACAGCUUUGAUUUCUACACUGACAAUACUUUCACAACAAAAAAUGCAACCAGCACAUACCCUUUGGAAGUACAACUGAUGGACAUGGUGUUUUUGGGCAUCAAUGCCUACUCCGACCUCCCACGGGUCCAGCUCUUUGUGGAGUCCUGCAAGGCCACUCCGGAUGACAACUGCGACAACCCUUUGUAUUAUGACAUCAUCAAAAAUGGGUGCAUUGAAGAUCAGACAGUUGUUGUUUACAAAAGUAAUGACACCCAGUUCAACUUUGAAAUCGAAGCUUUUAAGUUCAAUGGAGACUAUAAUGAGGUAUACAUCAGCUGUUUUGUGAUCCUGUGUGAGACUGACAGUCCCAAUUCAAGGUGCAGUCAAGGCUGUAUGCAAAAACCUGUACUGCGUCGCCGGCGACAAGCAUCGGUGGAAACAGAAAGGCACUACAUUUCCCAGGGGCCAUUGCGUUUUAAGCCAGCUUCACGAAGCUCAGAUCCUUCAGAUCAUGGCUCAAAGAGUGUUAGUAUCACAACUAAAUACACCAUAGGUUUUGUGGGAUUAUUCCUUAUCACCAUACUAGUGCUGGCUGUAGUGAUGGUCUGCAAAGCUAAGACAAGGAAACACAAAGCAAUCAGCCAGAAUGCUCUCCUAUCCAACACUGGUUCGGAAGGAUAAAAUUUAAUAUCAUUUGAUAUGUAAGUAACACUUUACUUAAGGGGGCACAAAUAAUGUAGUAUUAUCCUAUUACUUAUGUGCAUAUUAUUUAACCACAAAUUUAGCCUUAGUUACAUAUCGAUCUCAUGUUUGUUCAUCAUUAAUGAGAUGUGAUAUAUCUCAAGCGAUUAUUAUGUUACUAUACUUAAUUCUGUAAACCUUUGUGAGCUAAUGAAGGAACUAUUGAAGGAGCAAACAAUGAAUAACACGUGAAAUACUGAUCUCACAUUCGUUAAUCAUUAAUGAAUCAUGAUGCAUCUUUUAUCUCAAGUACCAACUGUAUUUGAUCACAAUUUGUACUUCAGUAGAAACUGAGCUACUGCUAAGUAUUUAUGCCCCGUCAAGUAAAGUAAGAUGGACAUUAAUAUUUAAUAGAAUAUUGUCUGCUCAUAUAAUUAUUUAAAUUGAUCUAUUUAGGCAUAUUGUUCUACUUAAUGACAAGUGGAGUGGAAUGAAAAAUAAUCAGUAAAUAAACCAUCUGCUUUGAUUACAGAAUUUUCUGUACACUUUGUCUUCUCAUG